AUGGCAGAUUACGAAGUAGAUCCAACUCUCAAAGACAUUGUUUCCCACGAAACUUUAAGGUGGGUGUUCGUUGGAGGUAAAGGUGGUGUUGGUAAAACCACCUCUUCCUCUUCGGUAGCCAUCCAACUGGCGCUCAACAACCCGGAGAAAAACUACUUGUUGAUCUCCACCGAUCCUGCUCACAACUUGUCUGAUGCAUUUGAUCAGAAGUUUGGUAAAGAGGCAAGAGUGGUCGAAGGCCUGAACAACUUAUCAUGUAUGGAAAUCGAUCCGUCAUCUUCGAUGGAAGAGUUCACAGCUUCGAACAAGAUGGGCAUGGACUCAAGUGAUCCAUUGAACAGUGUUUUGUCAGAAGUCACUUCCUCGAUCCCAGGUAUUGACGAAGCUUUUUCGUUCAUGGAAGUGCUAAAGCAUAUCAAGAACCAAAAGGCUAGUGCAAACGACUCGUCCAUCAUCAAAUACGACACCAUUGUUUUUGAUACUGCUCCAACUGGUCACACGUUGAGAUUUCUACAGUUACCAUCAACUUUGGAAAAGUUAUUGGGUAAAUUUAACGAGAUCACCGGUAAGAUGGGGUCUUUGUUGAGUAUGAUGGGUGGAGAUCAGAAGCAAGAAAUGUUCAACAAGUUGGCAGACAUAAAGGAACAGGUCACCGAAGUCAACAAACAAUUCCAAGAUCCGGAGUUGACCACUUUCAUAUGUGUCUGUAUCUCUGAGUUCUUAUCCUUGUAUGAAACCGAGAGAUUGAUCCAGGAUUUGAUGAAAUACAAUAUGGACGUCAACACGAUUAUUGUGAAUCAAUUGUUGUUUGCCGAUGAUGAUGAAUGUAAGAGAUGCCAAGCGAGAUGGAAAAUGCAAAAGAAAUACUUAGACCAAAUGGACGAGUUGUACGAAGAUUACCAUCUAAUCAAAAUGCCUUUGUUGGGUAACGAAAUUAGAGGUUUACCAAACUUGAAGAAAUUUUCUAAAUUCUUGUUGCAACCAUAUGACCCAGAAAAGGAUAAGGACCUUGUCUUCUCUAUUGAAGAAAGAUAA